GUUUUUAUUUUCAUACCGUAGCCGUUCGCACAGAAAAAAAAUAUAUUCUCACAUUUUUUUCUGACGAUAAAAUUUCGUUUUAUUUGUUGCGAGAGAAUUCAAAGACGUUUAAGGACAGAGACAAUAUAUUUGCUAGCGCGAUGAAAUAAGAAGAAAAAGAAGAUAGUGAAAAAAGAACAAACGCACUCGAAACAAUCAAGUGAGGGGUUAAUCAUGUUUCAUUUUUUUUUCUGAAACAGCAAUCGACUUGUAAAUUUUUCCUGCCUGUUUUGUACAUCAGAUUUUCAUUUAGCAAUUGAACGUUGAUCAGAGCGGAAAUAAAAGAAAAAUCAAGGAAUAAAAAAAAUCUUAUGAUGAAAAUAAAAUAAUAAAUAUGGAUAAAGAGUUUCGUGUAGUGAAAGCAAUUUGUAACAUUUUAGAUAAAUCCUAUCACUGAUUUGUGCAAUUUAUCGUUAAAUACUUUUUGUGAAUAUAAAGUUUGUGGAAUUACAAAAAUUCAAAAAUUAUAAUAAAGGAUUUAAAACAAAAAAAAAAUCGAAAAAUGUCUUCCCACGAUGAUAUAGAUGUGGAUAUUGAUGUAGUUUCAAGUCCAGAACAUAGCCCAAGAGCAAACACAACAGAUGAUGAAUCACUUCAAAAUUAUCAUCAAAUUCGAACAUCAAGGAAUUCUCCAAUAUCAUCAACAACCUCCGCUGCAACAAUUGCAGCCUCAUUGCUCACAACGACCGCCAAUUUAUCACCAUCUACGUUACAAAACUUACAAAAUCAUAGUGCUCAGUUAUUAAAUAAUCAAUAUCAUAAUCAUUUAAGCAAUAGUUUAAUUAAUAACAAUAAUAAUAUUAAUAGUAAUCAUAAUAAAGAAAACCAUAUUAGUGCUUCUGAAUGUGGACGAUUAAGUCCACCCAGAACACCAGAGACAAACAAUAAUAGUGUUAAUAAUAAAUUAUCGCCCUCAACUACUACACCGCAUUCUGGAUUUACUAGUUUUUCAAUAUCAAGCAUACUUAGCCGUCAAGAUUCACCAAAUGCAAAGAAAAUCGUGGCACCUAUACCAUCAUUUCCCAUGAACGGUACUCAAGAUGCUGCAAUGAUUUCCAGGCUAGGAUUUAUAUCGCAAUGGGGUGCGAUUGCAAAUCGAUAUGCAGCAGCACUUUAUCCAACUGGAUUCCCAUGGUCAUCCGCUACAGCACAAAGAAUGCCUUUUCAUAGUCCUUCAAAUGAGAAUUUAACAAAUCAUACAGAAAAUACUUCUCCAUCGCUAACACCACCUCCUUCAGCGUCGUCAAAAUCUCCACAACCACAUCCUGCGUUUAUGCAAAAAGAGAGUAUCGAGUCAGAUGAUGAGCAUGAAAUAAUUGAGGAAGAUGAUGAAGACAGUACCGAGGGUCGAACAAAUGAUAAUGCUUCACCGAAUUCUUUACAGAAUAAGCGUAAGAAAAAAACACGAACAGUAUUUUCACGAGCUCAAGUUUUUCAAUUGGAAUCAACGUUUGAUUUGAAAAGAUACCUCAGUUCUUCUGAAAGAGCCGGCUUAGCAGCAUCACUACGGCUGACAGAGACUCAAGUAAAAAUAUGGUUUCAAAAUAGAAGAAAUAAAUGGAAAAGGCAGCUAGCAGCAGAAUUGGAAGCAGCAAAUAUGGCAAAUAUGGCACAUGCAGCACAACGACUAGUACGUGUUCCAGUACUCUAUCAUGAAGGUCAAAACUUUGUUUCACCUCAGCCGCAUUAUAUUAAUUAUUCAAGGAGCAGCAGCCCACCGAGACCUCAAAUGCCGUCGCUUGUUUAGGAAAAACCGAAAUAAUUGUCAUCAACAAAUUAAUUUAUCCCACAAGCCGUACUUGAUCACUUUCGGACGAUAAAAAUGCUUUAAAAUGUAUUUUUAACACUCCUUAUGUAUGCACGAGCAAAUAAGCGAGACAACAGCAAUUUACAUUUUCUAUUACAAUUGCUCUAGAAUUAAGCAUUUUAAAAAUAUUAAAUUCGUGCUCUGCGUGUGUCAAUUCUCGGGACAACAAUAUAUUAAAGUGCAAAAACGUUAUUUAGUAAACGUUUGACUAAUUAAAUGGCUUCUAAUUAUCAUUUCUAUGAAAAUAUGUUUGAAGACUAUAGUGAAGAAAUAAAAUUUAAGGCUUAAAAAGGAAAAACAAAAUUAUCCGACAGAUGUGAAAACAUCUAUAUAAGUCAGAAUUGUAAAAAAAAUUCUAUUCAUAUCACAUCUGACCAUUUAAUGAAAUGAUGAAUUAAUUAAUUAUGCGCUCUUUUUAUACAUACAUAUUUCUCUUUCUGUCUUAUACAGUUCAAAUUACAAUUCUAUCAUCUUUAGUUAAUGAUAUGCGAUGAAUUUUUUUAAAAAAUAAGUUAUUUUAUUGUAAAUAUAUGUAGAAAAUAGAAACAAAUGUAAAAAAUAAACGUUAAGGUUCUUAGUACAAUGAAUGACGAAAAACAAGUUAGGCUUAAUUGCUUUUGUAAAUUUUAUAGAAAUUGUAGAAUUUUGUGGUUUCACAGUGUUUAAUUGAAAGUUUAUUUACAGAAUUUUG